CGGCUGCCUGCGGCGGAACCAAGGGCAGCUGACGGGUGCCCGCCUGUGGGCGCUCCGCUGCCGUGAUGCCGCAUAUAGCAGUGCUGGCGCGUGCUUCAGAGUGACCGCAGCGUGCGUAACGAUCGGAGUGGUUCAUGCUUGCGCCGGGCCGCAGAAGGAGCUGGCGGCUCGUUCCGGUGCUGCUACUGUGAGACGGGGCGGCGGGGACAGCAUGGGGCCGGCAGAGGUGGUGCAGAAGAUCAGCAUUAGCGCCGAGAGCCCGCGAGGGAGCGAGAGGAACGGCUCCGGCGCCGCCCUGGCAGGCCCUGAGAGAGAUUCACCCGGUAGUUGGAGGCAGAAGUGUGCGGCCUAUGUGCUGGCUCUUAGGCCUUGGAGUUUCAGUGCUUCUCUCACUCCCGUGGCCCUCGGCAGCGCUCUGGCUUACCGGGCCGAAGGGACGCUAGAUCCAGGGCUCUUGAUAGGAAGCGCUGUGGCUGUCCUGGCUGUGCACGGAGCCGGCAACUUGGUGAAUACCUACUACGACUUCUCCAAAGGCAUCGAUCACAAGAAGAGUGAUGACAGGACUUUAGUGGACCAGAUUCUGCAGCCUCAGGAUGUAGUCCGGUUUGGAGUCUUCCUUUAUACUGUGGGCUGUAUCUGUGCUGCUGGGCUCUACGCUGUCUCAACGCUCAAGCUGGAGCACCUGGCCCUGAUUUACUUCGGAGGACUUUCCAGCUCUUUCCUUUAUACCGGAGGAAUUGGAUUUAAGUACGUUGCACUGGGAGAUGUGGUGAUCCUGAUCACCUUCGGGCCCCUGGCUGUCAUGUUUGCCCAUGCUGUGCAGGUUGGGUAUCUGUCUGUCUCGCCGCUGCUCUACGCCAUCCCGCUCGCGCUCAGCACCGAGGCCAUCCUGCACAGCAACAACACACGGGACAUGGAGUCUGACCGGCAGGCAGGCAUUGUCACCCUGGCUAUCCUCAUUGGCCCUGCGCUCUCUUACGUCCUCUACACCGUGCUGCUCUUCUUGCCCUACCUGAUUUUCUGUGUGCUGGCCACACGCUACACCAUCAGCAUGGCAUUGCCACUGCUCACCAUCCCAAUGGCAUUUUCACUGGAGAGGCAGUUUCGGAGUCAGAGCUUCAAUAAAAUUCCCCAGAGAACAGCCAAACUCAAUCUCCUCUUGGGGCUUUUCUAUGUUUUUGGCAUCACACUGGCACCAGCUGGUGCUCUGCCCAAGCUGUAAUGAGAGCUGUAGAGUCAGGCCUUGCAGUUCAGUGUUAGCAGUGGAUGAUGUGGGUAGAUGAUCCAUUAUGGACAAUGGGAAGAGUGAAGAUGCCAUCCUGAGCUGUGGAAGCUGCAAUUCUGGGCUUGCUUAUUUUGUACAAUAGACUUUGCCAAAGUGAUGUGUGUGUGAAACCUUUAGAAAGGGGUGAGCUGCAGCUUGUCUUCAGGGGAGCAAGGCAAUGUUAGGCCAAGGAGAUGUUUAAAGAAUGUCAUUCUUCUGCCACUGAAUUCUUUCACUGUCAACUCAAUGGAAGCAAGAUUGACCCCCCAGUCCAAACUCUGUUCCCUUCACAAGCACAGCAGUUGCUCUUGUGACUCCUUUUCUUGCCAUGGUCAGAGUCCAGUGGCUCCUGUGUGGUCAAUAGAAAACACUGCCAAAUGCUUAGCCCCACAACAAUGUAGGUGCUGUUACUUCACUCCCUUGUGAGCGUAGUUCACAUUUGUCUGUUAGAUGUUUGAGGUUUUGUUUUGUUUUUAUUUUCAUAGCCAAGUGUGUAACUUUUCUUUCCAAGCUUCCUGAAAUGCACUAGAUACUAAUUCAUUAACUAUUGCUUCUGCUUGGUCCUUGUCAUCUGGAAAUGUCCCAAGUUACAUAUCUCUGUGGGAUGUUGGUGCACAUGGAGCACAUACAGCCUGCUGCACAAAGCUCAGUCCAAAACCAGUAAGGUAUAUUCUGCUAUGAAAACUGAACCUGCAAAUACAAGUCAUGCAACUGAAAUCCCCUCAAUGCGUAGGAAAACAAAGGGGUUCCAUUUUUACAUUUGCUUAGAAUUUGCUCUCUAAAAUAAUGGUCUUGAAGUUAAGGGGAAGCUGACAGAGUGGCAGGUUUCUCAGGUUACUUUGGCUGGAUAUGGAUUAAUGGGUACAUCAGUGGAAGAACCAAAUCUUAAUUCAAAAAAUACAUUUAUUUUGAGUUGUUGCCUGUUCAUUUGGAAGCCAAAUGCCAAUUUCUUACUAUAAGAAGAAAAAAAAAAGCCCAGUUGAGCAAAGGAGAAAGAUACAGGGUUAGAAAAAAGAAGAUUAUUGGAUUGAUUCUGCAAAAAAAUUAGGACUGGAAACAGGAAUAAACCAUUUUUGUUGACUACGUUUUUCCUAGUAGAGUCCAGAGUGUGUGUGACUGAAUCAGAUUUAACUGCCAAGAAAGCUCUGUGCUUCCCAGCCUCUUUUUCUGCCUCUCCACCUUAUGGUGGUGUUUUCUUCUGCAGCUCUUGCCACUUGUAACAGAUGUGGCCAUUUGGAGAACUGAUUGCUUCAGCAGUUAUGUAGCAAUGUGAAAACCAUGCCAAACACAGCUGGAGAAAAGUGUGACUUGCAGGGCAAAGAUGGCUCUGAUCCAUACUGAGUUGCUUAGUGGCAACCAAAUUCUUUUCUGGGUUGAAGAAAAAGUAUUUCUGUCCUUUAAGCAGGGGGUGAGUGAAAAAUUUGUUUACGGGAAUUGUGGAAAGCUUCAGAUGAAUUGAUGCUGGUAUUGAACUAGAGCUGCUGGUGCCUGGAGCACAACCUUGCUUUUGAAGGAAGUGGGAGUGUGCUGACUACUGUAUGAAGUGCUUUAAACAUGAGCAAUAAACUAGGGUGAUGUGACCCUGCAGCUGUUGUGGGUGCGUUGUGCCCUUGUGGUGUCCAUCUGAAAGUGCCAAGUACCGUGUUAGUGAAUUGUGCUGGCAGUUGUAAAGCUGAGUUGAAGGUACAGGAUUAUAUGGCGUAGCUGUUUAAGUGACUGGUUUUAUGGCUUGCUUUUACCCACUGUGACAGAGUUGUUGGUUUCCUGCUCAUCAGCUGAGCUGUCCUCAAGGGGAGGGAUUCUUGGCAGGUGUAUUUUAUGAACCACAGCUUCAUCUUCAAUUAAAAUUGGGCAAAUGAUCUCUUUAAGCUGAGCAGGCAUGAGAUGAGAGAGAUGUGAUGCUUUCUUGUUUAGAUUAGAAGUGAAGAGAAAAUGCAAAAGUUCAGCUCAGCUCCAUGGAAAAAGAUACCCAGAAGGUUCUGGAAACUUUUCAAUACAGGCACACACAACACAGUAUCUGCUGUGACUUCUCUGUGGACCUCCAGCCUUGCUCUGACACCCACUUCAUUUUUCUGCAGAGCAAAAGCUUUUCAUGGGGAUAUGAACUGAGCUGAUCAAUCUAUUGACCUUGCAGCUGCUGGUUAACCCCAGCAUAGCUUUGUUGCUACUUUUUGUAGCAGCUGUGUGCUUUAUUUUAUGACAGCUUGGUUUUGUAUAGCUAUCAUUUAAAGGAAUGGAUAGUUAGCUUUUUUAAACUCCUUUUACAUUAACUACAAUACUCAGCUAAAUUCCUUAAAGUACCUAAUAAAUAGCUCAUGUCUGUAACUGUAACUCUCAUGGUGGAAAGGUCCAGGGAUGCUCAUUGCUGGAGUCGUGUAUGUAACUCUAGUUGCAUCUAGGCUGCCCUUUACUAGCAGGGAAAGCCCACUGUGUAGGACAGCUGGUUACUGCUGGAAAGGAGCAGUGCUUUUUUAUUACAGAGAUGAAGGAAAAGCUCACUAGUACAUGUGUAUGCUUGUGAAACACUUUUCAAGGUGUGCGCAGUGGGAUUCAAGCACUUUGGUACUAAGAAUGUGAUGAAAUUGAGUAAUUCCUUACUAGCAGAUGCUGGUUGCCUCCAAUUCCCUGUCUGUGAUAGACAAAAUCAUUCCAGGUUCUUAAGGAUAUUAAUAAAUAACACAUUCUGCACCAUGGCUUUGAGAAGGUCAUUUAACUUCUCUGUGUUUCAGAAAACAGCUUAUUUUUGCCUACCUCACAGGGAUGCUGAGCUGGCAUCAUUGUCAUGAACAGCUUUGAAAGGAAAAAGUGCUUUAUCUCUGUGUGCUUUCCAAAAAACAUGUUAGUACUAGAAGACAUUUUAGGUACCUAACAGGUGACUAGGUAGACCUAGUCUACCUAACAGAUCUAGGUAGACCAAAACAAUCUCCCCAGCAACACUGAGGGCUAAGAGAGGUUCCCUUUUUGGAUUGUUUCAUUGUGAGGAUGCUGUGUCGCUUUCUCUACCCUCUGGUCCCUGUCUGAUGCUACUUUCCCUGAAUAUAAUCUUUUCAAACUUCUUUCAGGUCUCUCUUGGUGAGCUGUGUUGCCACUUGAUGCUUCUACACUGGUAGAUGAACAGAUAUGUAGCUCAUCUGUUAAUGUGUCCUAGAGCACCUCCCAGCCUUUCUUCUUAUCAAAUGAAGUGUCAGAAUGUUACUCUCUAAAUGAUACAGUUUGGUUAUUUUAUAUCACUCCAGUUGUGGCUUGGCACAUGUAUUAAAUUGUCUUUCUGGAAGGAGGAGGGUCUUUGUGUGCUUGUUUAUAGUAGAAAGUGCAUGAAAGAUCAUACUUUUCCUUUUGAUGUAAUCCUUUUAUGAUUCACAUAGUCCUGUCCUUCUGUAUCCUCAAAUUUCAGUAGCAGGGAUCAUCUCAUACUAAUGGCAGACUUCAGAGUGCUUUCAGUGUUGUCAUCAAUGAGCAGAGUUUUCUUUGAUGCAGUCUCUGUGCCAUGUACUUACUGUUUGGCAUUUGUAAGGAGCUUUCAGCUGGACUUCUAAUGUUUUAAAUAAAGAUGGAUUUUUUUCAUCCUCA